AUGUCAGUUCAAAUCUUUGGAGAUCAAGCCACUGAAGAAAGAGCUGAGAAUGCUCGUAUGUCAGCCUUUGUUGGUGCCAUUGCCGUUGGAGAUUUAGUUAAAUCAACUUUAGGUCCAAAAGGGAUGGAUAAAUUAUUACAAAGUUCAUCAAAUCCUGAUUCUGCAUUGAUUACUAAUGAUGGUGCCACCAUUUUAAAGUCUAUCCCAUUUGAUAAUCCUGCUGCUAAAGUAUUAGUUAAUAUUUCCAAAGUUCAAGAUGAUGAAAUUGGUGAUGGUACAACAUCAGUAACUGUAUUAGCAGCUGAAUUAUUAAGAGAAGCCGAAAAAUUAAUUAAUGAAAAGAAAAUUCAUCCUCAAACUAUUAUUGAAGGUUUUAGAAUUGCAAAAACUAUUGCUUUAGAAGCUUUAGAAAAAAAUUCUACUAAUAAUGGUUUAAAUCCUGAAUUAUUUAAACAAGAUUUAACUAAUAUUGCUAAGACGACAUUAUCAUCUAAAAUUUUAUCUCAAGAUAAAGAAUUAUUUUCAAAUUUAGCAGUAGAUGCUAUAUUAAGAUUAAAAGGUUCAACUAAUUUAAAUCAUAUUCAAAUUAUUAAAAAAAUUGGAGGUAAAUUACUGGAUUCUUAUUUAGAUGAAGGUUUUAUAUUAGAAAAAAAAUUUGGAAUAAAUCAACCUAAAAAAAUUAAAAAUGUUAAAAUUUUAAUUUCAAAUACUUCAAUGGAUACUGAUAAAGUUAAAAUUUUUGGAGCUAAAUUUAAAGUUAAUUCAACUUCAAAAUUAGCUGAUUUAGAAAAAGCUGAAAAAUUAAAGAUGAAAACUAAAAUUGAAAAGAUUAAAAAAUUUGGCAUAACUUUAUUUAUUAAUAGACAAUUAAUUUAUGAUUAUCCUGAAUCUUUAUUAACUGAUGCUAAAAUUAAUUCAAUUGAACAUGCUGAUUUUGAUGGUAUUGAAAGAUUAGCUUUAGUUACUGGUGGUGAAGUAGUAUCAACUUUUGAUGCACCUGAACAAGUAAGAUUAGGUCAUUGUGAUACCGUUGAAGAAAUUUUAAUUGGUGAAGAUUCAUUUAUAAAAUUUUCUGGUGUAUCUCAAGGUGAAGCAUGUACUAUUGUUUUAAGAGGUGCUACUGAUCAAGUUUUAGAUGAAGCUGAAAGAUCUUUACAUGAUGCAUUAUCAGUGUUAUCUCAAACUACUAGAGAAACAAGAACUGUUUUAGGUGGAGGAUGUUCUGAAAUGUUAAUGUCAAAAGCAGUUGAUCAAUAUGCUGCUAAUGAAAUUGGUAAGAAAUCUUUGGCUAUUGAAGCUUUUGCUAAAGCUUUAAAACAAUUACCAACUAUUUUAGCUGAUAAUGCAGGUUUUGAUUCUUCCGAAUUAAUUACAAAAUUAAGAUCAGCUAUUUAUAAUGGUAUAACAACUUCAGGAUUAAAUUUAAAUAAUGGUACUAUUGCUGAUAUGAAAGAAUUAGGAAUUAUUGAAUCUUAUAAAUUAAAAAGAGCUGUUGUUUCUUCAGCUACUGAAGCUGCAGAAGUAUUAUUAAGAGUUGAUAAUAUUUUAAGAGCAAAAGCUCGUACUGCUGAUAGAAAUCAUUAA